AUGUCUACCACCACGACUGCUACGAUUAAACCUGCAAACUCCCUUGUAUUAGAAGUAAGCAAUCUUGAACCCCCAGGAAAUGGGCAAUCAGCAUCUCGAGAGUCGCAAUUGCAAAAGAUCGUCGGGCUCAGCCAGCUUGGCGCUGUGACUCUAACAGCCAGCGUAAUCAAUGGGCUCGUCAUUGUCAGUCUCCCGACUAUCACCAAGGAUAUCCACCUUCCCUCUUCUCUAUCAUUCUGGCCUUCAUCAGUGAGUAGUCUCGCAACCGCAUCGACACUUCUCUUAGCGGGGUCCCUAGCGGACACGGUUGGUCCAAGAUGGGUUGAACUCGUGGGCUCCUUUGCCAGUGGCGCAUUGAUGAUCGGUCAAGGCGUGGCGCGAACCGGGCAGGAGUUGGUGGUUCUGAGAGCACUCCAGGGAGUCGGCCUCGCAAUGCACCUCGCUUCGUCGAUAUCCAUAGUGACGCAGCUAUUGCCCCCAGGAAGAAGCCGCAAUGUUGCUUUCUCGUGCUUAGGGCUCAGUCAGCCCCUCGGAUUUUCCUUAGGCCUGGUUUUCGGGGGCAUCCUGGUUGAUACCAUCGGCUGGAGGUCGGGGUGGUUCAUCUCGGGCGGCAUCACCGUCUUCUUUGCGUUUGUAGGUCUGUGGGCUUUGCCUAGGAGUAAAAGCACACCGAACUCGGAUCGCCUUCGCAACAUCAAGAAUAAAAUCGACUGGGUUGGUGCUGGGCUGGCUUCCACAUUUAUGGCUUUGCUCUGUUAUCUUCUGGCCGCCAAUCCCUCACGGAUCAAGGCUGCCGAUAGCAUCAUUGUUCUGUGCCUGGCUGCCCUUGCGCUGCCCUCAUUUGUCGGCUGGGUCCAUUAUCAGUCCCAGAGGAACAGACCAGCUCUCAUCCCCAAUUCACUGUGGAAGAACACGGCCUUUUCGAGCAUCUGCGCUAUCCUCGCAAUCUCAACCGCGGUCGUCAAUUCCAUGGAGCUUUUUGCUAGCUUGUUUUUCCAAGAGGUCCAAGGCCUCUCGGCGCUGAACGCUUCCGUCCGUAUCCUCCCCAGCCUCAUAGUGGGCGUCCUCCUCAACCUUGUCAUUGGAGUCUUCGUGCACAAGGUCCCCGCAUUCUGGAUCGCAUCGGUGACCUCCCUUCUCUGCGCCGGAUCCCCCCUGCUCAUGGCGGUCAUCCAGCCGGCCUGGCCAUACUGGGCCAACGCGUUCAUCGCGCAGCUUCUGCAGCCGGUCAGCUUCAACGCGCUCUACACUGUCGGCCUAAUCAUCAUCACGAAUAGUUUCUUGGACGACACGCAGGCGCUGGCGGGCGCUGUCUUCAACACAGCUGCGCAGUUUGGCAGUGCCCUGGGCCUGGCUAUCCUGCAGGUCAUCUCCACCCUUGUGACGGAGGAGACUGGUGGCGAUAGGACUGCUGCUCUGAUGGCGGGAUACCGCGCCAGUUUUUGGACCAUGUUUGGUUUUAUGAUUCUUUGCACCGUUAUGGGGUACUUUGGGCUGCGUAAGGCGGGCAAGGUUGGCUUGAAGCGGGAUUGA